AGGCAGCGAUCAGCUCCGAUGCUAAUGCUAACGCUGCUAAUGUUAUUGUGGAUGGAGGCAAGAUUUGUCGACGAGCUUUAGUCCCCUACACGAUUCAGUGGCCUUGUUAACGAUCUUAUUUAUUAUCUGAUCACCAACUGCGUAUCUUACCACAACCACACAUCGCUAACAUCAAUGUUAGCCUCCAGGCUGUCCGUGUGAUGCUCGUCUCUAUAAUGGACCUGUUGAACUCUCAGCUUCUGGACAAGAUGAACAACAACCUCGGCAGACUCUACUUUGAAGAUGAGUCCAGGGCAGCCACCUUGUCCACUUCAGUGACAGGUAUCACUGGGCCUCCCUCACACUGCCCCAGUAAACGAAAAUAUGGAGAACAAAUGGAAGAUCAAAUGAACUCAGAUGAUGACCACAUGGCCAAAAUGAGACUUUUUGCUUCCCAAAUGGUCAGACCUGCUGCUGGGAACAAUCGUAACGAGCACUGGAGCUACAACCCCAUUCCUGUCGAGCCCCUCUCUGCCUCUAAUGGUCUCCAUGGAAACCACCUGUUUGCUUCCAUCCCGAGCUUCACUGUGGAUCAGCCUCUGGCUCUGACCAAAAGCACUCUGGACCCUACUGCUGGAGGAAGGGACAGGCCUGUUACUGCGGGCAGUGCAGAGCGACAGCAGAAUCGACCCUCAGUAAUUAUCUGUGCUCCUGCAAGCAACCGCAACUGUAACCUAUCUCACUGCCACAUGAAUGGCUCUUCAAGCCAAGAGUCUGACCAGAAAAAGGCCAAUGCUCAAACUGAGUGUGACCCAGUGAUUGAGGAGCACUUCCGCCGCAGCCUCGGGAAAAACUACUCAGAGCCAGAGUCCAACUCUGUGUCCAUCACAGGGUCAGUGGAUGACCACUUUGCCAAAGCGCUUGGUGCCACCUGGCUCCAGAUCAAGGCCAAGGGUGGGGGUCCACGUGCCCCAGAGGCAGACCCGUGAACCACAGGGCUAAACUGUUCAAUCACUUUAAAGUGAAUACUGUGAGUGCAGAUCACACUCUUGGUUUUUGCCAAGCACACAUAUUUUACAAACCUAAGAACAAUAUAAAGGUGCUCACAUAUACAGACUGUUUGUUGGGCUCAAAUGUCCCAUUUAACUUGUGAAACACAAAUUCUUAUUGUGAUAUUGAAUUUAUAAUUCAUAAAACUAAGAGAAACGUAGCAGUGUUGAAUAAGUUACAUUCACAUUAAUAUCAACAUGACAUUUGGGAUGUACAUUUGAUGACCUAACAUACUUUUAUAGCCAAAGAAAUUCUCAGCAUUUUGCAACUUAAAAGCCAUAGAUUGACCCAGACUUUCCCAUUCAUCAUUUUCAUUGCAGUUACUUUUAAUAUUAUAUUACUUGAACAACUUGCCAGGUCUAAUCUGCAACACUGCAUUUAAAGAUCUCAGAUGGCAGGUUACGCCAUCAUUUGGAACUAGUAUUUUUAAGUGUGAUUUUGCAAUCAAGUCUUCUUAAAACACUAUGUAUCUGAUAACAAAAUAACUGGACUUAUCCACUAUUAACUUAAAACCAGUAGAAUAUUCAUGCAGAUUUUGAUCAACUAAACCAGAUACCAGUAGAUGACUAAAACAAUGAAACUUGUUUCAAAUGGCUGGUUUCUAUUACAAUCUUUAUUCUAUUCAGUAUAUUAUCUCAGAUUUUAUUUUUUAUCUAACAAUGUUGUAGAAUUACUCACUGCUGGAACAGUUGUAAUCAAUAUAUUUUUUGUAUCUGGUUUUCAUGACUAUAUGUGGGUGUGUUAGCAUCCAUGUACCAUUUACAGCCUCUGGCCAGGUUGUCUGAGUGCAGAGUGUGGGACUGCAUGUGUUGGUCUCUAUGGAGCUGGACACCAGGGCUUAAUACAUGACUGAGCAACAGUGACCUUUGUAGCAGACUUUAUUUAUUCUCAACAGGAAGUAGCCUCAUAUUAACUUAGACAAAUGUGGUGAGGAAAAGUAACUGUGUAUUGCUCCUCUGUUGGCAGUUUCUUUUUUUUUUAUUGUGAAACAUUCCACUGUCCACCACUUUUUGUGCCUCAUCUUUAUGCAAAAACUGUUACUUUUCCACUUUUAGGUUUAAAUCAGAAUUACAAUUUUGUUAAGACAUAAAAUAAUUUGUUUAUCUAGUGCCACCUGUAGGUCAACACUGAUUAUAGUAUUUUAACUCCUGAUGUCCUGUCUGUGAAAUACAUUUGUAUUUUACUGUACUGGUCUGAAAUGGUUAUACAAGUGCUUCUAUUUUAUUUACCCGUAUGAGACUAUCAUUGCGCCGAGCGGAAUGAUUAUCAUCACUUAGUUUUGUUAAGAAUAGUGUACUCAUGUAUCAUGGAUUAAUUUCUAACCAUGUUUUUGUAUUGACUUUUACAAUGUGAUUCAUUUCCACCAUUAGUUAAAGUGCAGGACCACAUCUUUCGGAGAGAUGCCUGGACAGUUUAGAGUUUGUAGUUUUCUGUGUGUACCAUAGUUGAGGGAUUAUCUUCGUCUGCUUGUUUGACACAAGUAGAGUGGUAGAAGUAUGGGCUUUUAGACCAUUUUUAUUUAAAUGCUUUAUUUUUAGACUACCUGGAUGUCAGAGACUGUUCAGACAAAUAUACGUUUCAUAUCAUUUAGAAAAGAAAAGAAUUGUUAAUUCUCUGGAAGAAAAUGCCACUGUUUUAUACUUUCUAUAAUUUUCUUUU